CUUUUUUCCGGUCCGUCCCCUUUGCUCUUGGUUCCGAGUUUCAAUUGCACGAUCGCCAUUUGUAGUUGUAGUGCGAUACAAAGACGACCUACAACCACGACCAGUAUGGAGGCGACUCCUGCCAAGAUGACCGGGGACACUCCCCUCGAGGUCGAUCUUCCUCCGGUACCUACGACGCAGGUUCUGACCGAUCUCCAUUGGGAGACCAUGCUGGCCCUCGCCGACACGGUAAUCCCGUCGAUCCGGGGUCGUGGCGAUGAUGCGGAGGUCUCGUCAACCAAGUACCACGCUGUCACCGAGACUCAGCUAGAAUCGGCGACUUCCAGACUCACAGCCACGAUCAGUCGAACAACCUCCCCAGCAGCCGAGGUAGCCCGGAUCUAUCUGCAGGAGAGUCCAUCGUCUCUUCCGGCCUUCCGCGAGGGCCUCCAGCGCCUGAUUGCGGACUACGUCCAUCAGGAAGGCCAGACGGGGCUGCGAUUCAUCCUCGACGUUCUGAACACCCGAGCCGGAUCGCUGCUUCUGACCGGGUCAACGACCCCCAUCCAGAACCAACCCCUGGCAGUGCGCGAGCAGGUUUUCGCCGGAUGGGCCUCGUCGCGAUUAAGCCCCAUCCGCCUCAUCUACCGGUCGCUCUCCGCCAUGUUCAAGACCACCUGGAUGGUGGCCAGCCCGACCCUGUCUACCGCCGUGGGCUUCCCCCGAGUCCCCGUGCAUGGCAAGUCCGCGCCGGGUUGCUGGGAGUACGAAUUUGUCCAGUUUCCUCCGAGCGACUAUGACGAGGAGAACGAGACGGAGCAACCGGAAGUGCUCGAGACGGACGUGGUCGUCAUCGGCAGUGGCUGCGGCGGUGCGGUGGCGGCGAAGAACCUGGCCGAAGCCGGGCACCGCGUGCUGGUGGUCGAGAAGGCGUACCACUACCCCUCGCAGUACUUCCCCAUGGACGGCCGGACCGCCCCCGUCAGCCUGUUCGAGGGCGGGGCGUCGAUUCUCACGGAUGAUGCCUCGGUGGCCAUCUUUGCUGGAUCGACCUGGGGUGGCGGGGGCACGGUCAACUGGUCGGCGGCGCUGCAAACGCAGGCCUUCGUCCGCCAGGAGUGGGCCGAUGACGGUGGCUUGCCCUUGUUCACCUCCGCCGCCUUUCAACAGUCGCUGGAUCGCGUCGCUGCUCGCAUGGGCGUCAGCGCGGCCCACAUUCGGCACAAUCGCCAGAACCGCGAUCUCCUCGAGGGAGCACGCAAACUGGGCUAUGCGGCCGAGGUGGUGCCGCAGAACACGGGCGGCGAGGAGCACUACUGUGGCUAUUGUACCAUGGGAUGCUCCGCUGCAGCCAAGAAGGGUCCCACGGAGACCUGGCUGGCGGACGCAGCCAAGGCUGGGGCGGUCUUUGUCGAAGGUUUCAAGGCAGAUAAAGUCACCUUCACCACCCGGGGCAAAGAAAGAAUCGCCACCGGAGUGGAAGGGACUUGGACCUCCCGCGAGGCGUAUCUGUCCCGGGGCCAGAAGGGGCAGGGGAUCACCCGAAAGGUGGUCAUCAGGGCUAAGAAAGUGAUCGUCUCUUGCGGUACACUGAACAGCCCUCUGCUGCUUCUCCGCAGUGGGCUACAGAAUUGGCAUAUCGGCCGGAAUCUUCACAUUCAUCCAGUUCUCUUCGGUGCGGCCGUGUUUGACGAGGAAAUCCGACCCUGGGAGGGCUCGGCCCUGACGGCAGUCGUCAAGGAAUUUGAGAAUCUCGAUGGCCGGGGCCACGGGGCAAAGAUCGAAACCACGGUCACCAUGCCGCCGCUGUUCCUGCCCAUUUUUCCGUGGCGGAGUGGCCUCGACUACAAACUGUUCUGUGCCAAAUUGAGCGCCAUGACCAGUUACAUUGCCGUCACCCGGGACCGGGAUUCCGGCCGCGUCUAUCCCGACCCCGUCGACGGUCGCAUCCGCGUGGCCUACACCCCCUCCGCAUUUGACCGGAAGAGUGCCGUGGAGGCAAUGAUCGCCAGUGCGAAGAUCGCUUAUGUCUCGGGCGCCAAAGAAUUCCACGUCUCGUACGCGGAUAUGCCCCCAUUUUGCCGAUCGGAACAGGAGAAGAACGACCCCGACGCGGAGGGAAUCAACAAUCCGGAGCUGCAGCAAUGGAUCACGCGAUUCCGCCAGCAAUCUCCCCUGGACAUUGAGAAGGCCGGGUAUGCCAGUGCCCACCAGAUGGGAACCUGUCGCAUGGCGAGUACGGCGAGUAAGGGGGUGGUGAAUCCGGAAUGCCAGGUCUGGGGUACGCAGGGGCUCUACGUCAUGGAUGCAUCGAUCUUCCCCAGUGCAAGCGGCGUGAAUCCCAUGAUCACCAACAUGGCCAUCGCGGACUGGGCCAGUCGAAAACUGUCGAAAAGAUUGAGGGACGGUUGCUAGCCUGCCGUGGUAAUCAUCUAAGCCCUACGUCGAUUCAACACAGCCUACACCACCUGCCCACAUGGUACGAUCAUGGUCUUGCAUCUGAUAUGCCUCGCGAGCGUCUGCUUUUCCACCAACUUUGGAGUUUUGAGACAGUGUCCUUUCAUCUAUCUAUUCAAAUAAAUGGUUAACGCUAGGUUUACCGCCCUCCGAGCGAU